AUGAAUUGGACCAAGAGUUCCCACCUGUUUCUCAGGAGUAGUAAUAGGUCUUUGGUUUCUCAAUUCGGGGGGUCUAAUUCGUCCUGUUCAAGUGCUCUAAGUAAAGAUGUUCAAUCUCCGAUGAGAGUGUGUCCAGAAUCGGCGUCUCCAUUUAAUUACUCGGCUGCUCGACAUUUACAUUCUGUGAAAGGAGCAGCGAUCGUUGCAAGGAAUGUGUUUGGUAGAUAUGCAAUGCCGCCUGAAAUUGGAGGAAACUUCUCCCGUUUGAAAGUAGUCAAACACGGGGCGGAAGCCAUUUCUUACCGGUUUCAGCACGGUGCUGCAGCAAAUGAUAGUCGCUUGAGUAGGAAUUUCCUUGCUGAGCUGUGGGUUUUAGAUAAGAAGGCCGAGAAAUCUGCUAAGAAAAGGUUGCAGAACAAUAAGUAUCGCGGUUUGCGGGUAGAAGACAGAUGCUUUUCACAAAGUUCUGACCAUGAUGGUACAGUAGUUCUUGAACAGCCUCCUCCCAGCCAGCCGUUGUCUGGUUAUCUCAAGCCAACAUCCCCAGAGGAGGCUCAGGUUGCACCUCUUCUUGCAAGGUCCAAUUUACUGAUCACCAGAGAUAUUGAGUGGGCAAAUCUUAUGCUAGGUUUUGAACAGGAGAACCGUUACGCAGUCGUAGAUGUUUGUUACCCCCAAGCACCUGUAGGCCUCAUCCGUGAACAGAGUAACCUGUUAGCUAGGCAGUUUCUUCGUACCAGACGUCCUUUUGUUGCCUUGGUAUCUGAUGCCAUGGCAAAUGAGUUGUUCAGGGAGAUCGGCGUGGUUCAUAGACGGUGGCACCUAUGGAGGAGGAUCUAUGACUUGUACCUUGGAAAUAAGCAAUUUGCAGUGGUUGAAAAUCCUGGGCUUUGGAAUUGGACUUUCACUUUGAAAGACAUUGAUGAUCAAGUGCUGGCUCAGAUUGAUCGUGAUUGGAGGGGCUUCGGGUUUGAGAUAUUUACAGAUGCUGGGCAGUACGUGAUACGGUUUGGAAGUCAGGACAUUAACCGUUCUAGUCCGGGGACUGCCAAUCGUUGCAAUGACCGAGUAGCAGCAGCAGCAGCAGCGAUAACGGUAGAUCGCUUACUUGCUGUGUUCACCUGCUCGACGAAGAUGGCUUCCGAUUUCACCGCCAAAACCGAGCUCUCCCCACACAGCUAUGGCGGCUACUCCACUUCCCUCAGCUUCGGAACCCCUCCCCAAACCCUCUCCUUCGUCGUCGACACCACCAGCAGCUUCGUCUGGUUUCCCUGCACCACUCACUACUUCUGCGAGCACUGCGUCUUCCCUUCACCCACCUCCCGAAUCCCCUCUUUUAUCCCCGUGCUCUCCUCGUCUUCAAAAAUCGUCGGCUGCAGAAACCCCAAAUGCUCCCGGAUCCACGGCCGCCGCUGGCGGUCCGAACAGUGCGAGAAUUGCGGUUACAACGCCGGUGGUCGGCGGUCUAGGUAUUGUUCUCAGAUCUGCCCGCCGUAUCUAAUCCUCUACGGUUCGGGGACCACCGGAGGCGUCGCUCUUUCCGAAACCCUCCGAUUCCGAAACCUAACGAUCCCUAAUUUCCUAAUUGGAUGCUCCGUUUUCUCGUCUCGCCAACCCGCCGGAAUCGCGGGACUCGGCCGCGGCCGUUCCUCUCUCGUUAGUCAACUCGGGCUGGCUAGGUUCUCCUACUGCUUGCGCGUGGACUCCGUCUAUUAUUAUCUUGGUGAGGGAAGAGUUGACGAGUGA